AUGCAGCAUUCGUCCAACUCUCCCUCCCCUACUCGCUCUCANAUCCCCUCUCCUCCCCUACGCGACCACGACUCCUCGGCCAUCGAUACCCGCGACACCAGCCCGUCACCCGUCACCAAAGAAGAUCCUCGACGCAAAGACAGUGGCAGCGACAAGAACGAAGCCAGCUUUUUCCACCACAUCACAUACCCCGUCUCCUACACCAUCAGCGGCCUCCUGCGCCGCCUCAGCGCAGACGAAGCUCCCACACCCCUCGCUCGUGCCUUGUCAGCAAACUACAACGGCGCCAUGACUCCCUCGGCCACCUUCUUCGACGCUCCCAAACGCCGUCUCUCGCCAUUCCAGCCCCCGCCCUUGACCCCCUUGACUCUCCUUGGCUACAGAGAGAGCACUCCACUUGCUAGCCGUCUGUUGGAAAAGGCUCUGGCCGAAGAGAUCCGCUUGCUUAUGCCGCCACGAGUCCAGCUCGUGGAUGAAUGGAAGCUGAUCUACUCGUUGGAACAGAAUGGAACCUCGUUGGGUAGCUUGUAUAGCUUGAGCGACGAAUACAGAGGCAAGAGGGGUGGCUUUGUCUUGGUAGUCAGAGAUGCCAGCCAAGGGGUCUUCGGCGCAUACCUUUCCGACCCUCCGCAGCCUCAUCCCCAUUAUUACGGCACUGGCGAGUGCUUCUUGUGGAGCGCUUUCCGCCUACCUUCUCUACCCGACCUCUCAUCAUUGCCCCCACCCCCAUCUGCCGACACUACACACAUGCAGCGUAGCACAACAAUCGCCACAGCCACCAAAAAGCCUUCCCUGGCUCCGUCGUCAACAAGUGGUACUUCGACACCCGACAGGGUACGUUUCAAGGCUUUCCCUUACACUGGCGAGAACGAUUACACAAUCUUCUGUCAGCAGGCAUUCCUGAGUGUUGGUGGCGGUGAUGGCCACUAUGGACUGUGGCUAGACAACAACUUGGCCAGAGGCAUAAGUUCGCCCUGUCCAACCUUUGGCAAUGCGCGUCUGAGCGACGAGGGCGAGAAGUUUGGCAUACUCGGUGUCGAGUUGUGGUACAUUGGCUCUUAA